ACACAACCGUUUGACAGCCAAGGAUUUUCUUCAGCCGAAGGCCCGAUGAAUCGAUACCGUGCGUGAAACAAAAACACAGAGGCCACAGAGCAGCCAACUAGUUCGAGGGCCCAAACGUGAAGGGAACGAAAAAAAACACGCACACACACAGAAACGCCCGCAACUGGAAACGAGGACACGGGGCCAGCAAACGGGGACAGGCCCCGGGUGUUCCAUGCAGUACAUGGCACGGUCGGCCGCCGGGAGCACAGCCGCAGUGGGGUAAAGCAUGCACCGUACGUAAAAUGUGUCAAAAUGGGUACGAUAGCAUCGGUGCUCCAGUGGUAUUGUACGAAAUGCAACUACCUGAACCCGACGGAGAGCGUCCGCUGCCUUAGGUGCCGCACCAGCCGGAAAGCGAACGGCAACGUUGGCAGCCUGCUGCACCAUCCGAUACUGGCCACCAGCGGCAACGCCGCCAGCGGUCCCGUUUCGUCGUCGUGCGUUCGCAUGAAGGAUGUGAAUAGCAGAAAGCUCGUGUCGAACGAUUGCCUGUUCCGCGUGAUAGACAGCCUAGCGCUCGCACACAAACACAUUAACCGGAAGAAGAUCGAGCGAUCGUUCGUGUAUCCGGUGCCGGAUCCGCGCUGCUGCUGGAACCGGAAACGGCACCUGUCGCAGCCGAGCAUCAACCGCAAAUGGAAUUGCCACCGGUGCCGGGUGUACAAUCGCACCGUUUCCUGGCACUGCAUCAACUGUGAGGCACUGAGCGUGAGCGCGCCGGUCUACAAGGACACAAUACGGAAGCCACUGACGCCGCUUGCUUGCAGUGCCGAGCCCGGGGCGACGCCGCGGACCGCGGACCAUUAUUACGGCGGCGGCGGCGGCGGCGGGGGCGGCUCGACGGCGGUACCGUUCGCCUCGUUGCGCCUUACGCCCGCCCGCAGCAUGGAGCAGUUCGGGGCGGCCGCCCGGUGCCGGUUUUGCAUCUACAAUCAGUUCAGCUUCGAGGGCGACACGGCGGCCCAGGCGUGCUGCUGCUGCUGCCGACGGGAACCGGCGAAACCGUCCCGCGCCCCCAAGGAGGGGGGAACUGGUGGCGCCUGUUCAGGCCCGGGUAGGGGCCAGAGCAUUACGACGAUCACGAAGCGGACGGGCGGGCUGAUCGUGGUACCGUCGACCACGUCCUCCGCCCGGUGCAGCGACAACGCCACAAUCAACGUGCGGCUCAAGGAGAAUGGCAAGGGCAAGGCGGCGGCGCACAGCCAGACAGGGAAAAAGUAUCCGGCCCCAUCGGGCGGCGCCCUCGAACCAAUCUACGCAGUGAUCAACAAGGAGGCGAAGCGGAAAAACAAGCUAGCGAGCGAUGCUGUAAAUAAUAAUGCACCGACCAGCGUCGGCCAGCAGCCGCACGCGAAGGACCCGUUGCGGGACGAGUACGCGAACCUGCCGGCACCGGUGAGCUGUAAAAAUGGGAAAGCGGAGAAGGAGGACGAAUCGUUCAGCACUGGCGCGGGCAGCGAGAAGAUAGCCGCCAAAUGCAAAUAUAAUAAGCAACUAUCGAACUAUAAAAAUAAUUUUGAUAAAGCGAAUUAUCACGGUGGCGAGCAUGACAUUUUCUCCGUAAUGGAUGAGUACAGCACGCACCAGAAUUCCACGAUACUAGAACUAGAUAAUAUUCCAGCGAUCGUACGGGUGCCGAUCGCGAGCUUCGAGCAGGAUCUGGACGACGAGUGGUGCACAAAGUCUGCAUCGAAAGGGACCGACGAAAAGGAAUGGUCCUGCCGGAAGUGUACGCUCGUCAAUUCGAGCGCCGCGCUCGCGUGCGUUGCCUGCGGCGGUUCGAAGCUGCGCAGCAUCUGCAACGUGGAGGAGAUGACGCUAAAGAAGGGCGAGUUUUGGGCGUGCCACAAGUGCACGCUCAAGAACUCGAUCGUCCAGCCGGACUGCAGCGCCUGCAAGACGGCGCGCCCGGCCGGCAAGGGCGUGCUGGUGAACGAGUCGCUCGCCACCAACCGCCUGAUACUGGGCCAGUGCGACGAGCAGUCGAACAGUAGCAGGGCGUCGAGCGCGGCUGUCGUCCCGCCGAUCGAUUCCGGUGCCAUUCCAAAGCAGCUGCUGCAGCAGCAGCUACAGCCGCUACACCAGCUGCAGCACCAGCAGCAGCAGCAGCAGCAACAGCAGCAGCAACCGCUGGCCCAUCCACCGGCCCCAGUGCCGGCGUACCAGCCGUCCGGCGGUGCAGCGAAAGCGCUUGUGCCGGCGAUGCAGGUCACGAUACCGAAGCGCACCUGGCAGUGUCCGGCGUGCACGUACGAAAACUCGCUCGCGUGCGUGGUGUGCGACAUUUGCUCAAGCCACCGGCACAUCGACACCGGCUGCCUGGUGUGGCAGCAGCAGCACCAGCAGCUGCAGCAGAGCAACCGGCUCGAGGAGAACCAGCGCCAGCUGGACGAUCUCGAGGCGCUGAACCGCUGGAAAAGCAUCAUCGAGUACUGCGUGGAGAACGGACAGGCGUUCGUGGACGACUCGUUCCCGCCGGCGAUGAAAAGCCUCUACUACCAGCCGUCGUCCAACAUCGAGUGCAACCCGGUCGCCCAGUGGCGCCGGCCGAACGAGAUCCUGUGCGAGGGCGGUAACCAGUCGACCGCACCGCAGUGGGCCGUCUUCCGCACGCCGCUACCGUCGGACAUCUGCCAGGGCGUGCUCGGCAACUGCUGGCUGCUGAGCGCGCUGGCCGUGCUGGCGGAGCGGGAGGACUUGGUGAAGGAGGUGCUGCUGACGAAGGAGAUCUGCCCGCAGGGCGCGUACCAGGUGAAGCUGUGUAAGGACGGCCGCUGGACGACGGUGCUGGUGGACGAUCUGCUGCCGUGCGACAAGCGCGGUCACCUCGUCUACUCCCAGGCGAAGCGGAAACAGCUCUGGGUGCCGCUGAUCGAGAAGGCGGUCGCGAAGAUACACGGCUGCUACGAGGCGCUCGUGUCGGGCCGGGCGAUCGAGGGCCUCGCCACGCUGACCGGCGCACCGUGCGAAAGCAUUCCACUGCAGGCCAGCUCACUGCCACUGCCGAGCGAGGACGAUCUCGACCGCGACCUGAUCUGGGCCCAGCUGCUCAGCUCCCGGCUGGUAAAGUUCCUGAUGGGGGCGAGCUGCGGCGGCGGCAACAUGAAGGUGGACGAGGACGAGUACCAACGGAAGGGGCUGCGGCCGCGCCACGCCUACUCCGUGCUGGACGUGCGGGACAUCAAGGGGCACCGGCUGCUCAAGCUGCGCAACCCGUGGGGACACUUUUCCUGGCAAGGCGACUGGUCGGAUGAUUCCGAGCUGUGGACGGACGAGCUGCGCGACAGCUUGAUGCCGCACGGCGGUUCGGAGGGCGUGUUUUGGAUAUCGUUUGAAGAUGUGCUGAGAUACUUUGACUGCAUCGACAUCUGCAAGGUGCGCUCGGAAUGGAACGAGGUGCGCCUGUUUGGCACGCUGCAACCACUCCGCGCGUUGUCCUGCGUGCUCAUAACCGUGCUCGAACCGACCGAGGCCGAGUUCACCCUGUUCCAGGAGGGGCAACGUAAUUCGGAAAAAUCGCAACGCUCCCAGCUAGACCUGUGUGUGGUGCUGUUCCGGACGCGAAACCCCGCCAACCCUGAGGUGGGCCGACUGGUCGAGCACAGCAAGCGGCAGGUUCGUGGAUUCGUCGGCUGCCACAAGAUGCUGGAAACGGACCUGUACAUGCUGGUCUGUCUCGCCUUCAACCACUGGCACACGGGAAUUGACGACUUCAUGCACUACCCGCAGUGCGUGCUGGCGAUCCACAGCUCCAAGCGGCUGCUGGUCGAGCAGAUCACGCCGCCCCCGUUCCUGCUGGCCGACGCCAUCAUCAACCUGACGCUGGCCAAGGGGCAGCGACACGAGGGCCGGGAAGGCAUGACCGCGUACUACCUGACGAAGGGAUGGGCGGGACUGGUCGUGAUGGUGGAAAAUCGGCACGAGAACAAGUGGAUACACGUCAAGUGUGAUUGCCAGGAAAGCUACAACGUCGUCUCGACGCGAGGCGAACUAAAGACGGUCGAUUCCGUACCACCGCUGCAGCGACAGGUGAUCAUCGUGCUGACGCAGCUGGAAGGCAGCGGCGGCUUCAGCAUAGCCCAUCGCCUAACGCACCGGCUGGCCAACUCGGGCGGCCUGCACGACUGGGGACCGCCCUCCUCCACCCACUAUCCGCCGAUCGAGAACGUGUCCGAGCUGCAUUCACCCCGCAUGAUAACCUAGAGCGCGACGGGCGGGAAGACCGCGUGGGAGACCGUGCACGAGCCGGGGCGAGCACGGUGGCGAGCUGUGAUGGUGUUUCUCUCCCCCCCCCCCGUUGGCAAACCGCCACCCGGAAACGAUAUUCCAACUAGAAACGGCCCCUUCCCCCCACCCUGCCCCCUUUCCCGUGAACUUGUUGGCCAUAUUUAUUUAACACUGGCAGGCCGAUCGUCGUCGCCGUACAAGUCCUUCUAACAGCAAACACGCUGGCGGCGUUGUGGGGAAGGAGAGGGUGGGGAGGGGUAGGAGUCGGUUGUGGCGGAUAAAACGGGAAAGGAAAAACAAACGACAACGACACCCCGGGUCCGACGAAUCUGGUCGGAUGAUAUGAUCACACGACACGACUGGCCGUGACGGUCCGUGUGUUAGUGUGUGUGUGUGUGCGUGUGUUUAGGCGACCGCGUGACACAGAAAAGCACACACGGCGGAACUCUCAAAUAUUCAUUGAUCUGAUAUUGAUAAAAUAAAAAAACAAAAUCUCCAUAGCCCACAAGACACACUUCACCAGUUACGAAAAAAAAAUAAAU